AAAAACAAAACAAAACACUAAAAAUUUAAAAUUAAAGGAUAAAUGGAAUAAAGUUAAAUUAGUGAUCAAGAUUAAUAAACUGAUUAAAAUUAAAUAAUUAGUUGUGAUAGUAUUGAGUCCAAUGAAAUUACAAUACAAAAACAAGAACAGCCAUUGACUUCAAAUACAAAUAAUUAAGAUAAUUAAUUUUUAGAAGAUGAAGAUUAGGAAUUAAUAAUAGCAGAAAAUCAAAUUAACUAAUAAUCAAAUGAAAAUGAAUAGUAAAAUAAAAGACUAUCUUUUGAUGAGGCUUAAGGUUUUUUAAAGGAAUUAUUAAAAGCGUACUAUAUAAACAAAUAUUAAUCUGAGAAGAGUGGAAAUAAAAUUCUUUUAAAUAAAUAAACUAAUACAGACAGUUAUUAAAAAAAAUCUUUGAAUUACUUCUUUGAUAUCAAAAAAAUAAUUGGAAUAAUAUUUGUAAUUGGAAUCGUUUCUUCUAUAAUAAUAGGAUGUCUUUAUGUUAAAAACCAAGAAUAUUAAUAAAUAAUUUCAUAAAAGGAAUAAGAAUUACAUAACUUAAAGCUAUCUCAUACAAAAUCAAUUUAAGAAAUCUAAAAAAAAUAUGAAAGAGUUGAAAGAUUAAAUGUAUAUUUAAAAAAACUUGCAGAGUUAGCAGUUAAUGAAGAAAAAAGAAAUUAAAGUUAGAAUGAAGAAAAUACAUAAGACUAUCAUUCGAAAGAUUAAUAAGAAAAUAAUAGCUCACAAAAUAGCUAAAAUGAUAGCAACGACAAAGAAAAGUAAAAUUAAUAAGAAUAAGAAGAUAAUGGAGAUACUAUUGAAGAUUGGGUAAUAUAUGUUUUAAAUUAAGAAGAUGAUAAUAAUGAAUAAAUGAGCAAAAAUUAGUAAUAACAAGAAACCAAUGAGGAGGAAAAAAAUGAUAAUAAUUAAUAAAAUGAAAGAGAUAAUAAUGAUUAAGGUUCAUAUCGUUAUUAAUAUAAAUAAUAAGAAAAACAAAAGAAUUAAUAAAAUAAUAAAGAAUAAUAAUAAAAUACAAACUAAAAUGGUGGUGCUUAUAAUUUUUUUAAAAAGGUAUUCUCAUCAGCUUAUAAUUUUACAAUAAAUAAAUAUGAAAAAGUAAAAAAAAUGUAUGAUGACUAUUAUGAAGGAUCAAGAAAUAACAAAAAUGAGGAGAAUAACCAAGAUUUUUAAAAUGAAGAUUGA